UCGAACAGUUUGGACGUGUUUAGCGGAUCAAAGAAAAAGGAAAAGAAUGGGAGAAAAGGACAAAAAAGGCAGCAAGGCAGAAAAGACUGUGAGGACACAUAGGCUAUAAACAGCGGGCCGUUAUGUGGUAGUAGUGAUUUGAUUUGGCUUGGCUUAAAGGACACACAUAGUGCCAGAGUAGUGAACGACAACAGCAACAACAGUAAACUACUACUUAUUAGAUAUCUACAAAUACCAGCACAUAUAUGAGACACACAUACAGCCGUGUGUGUGUAUGUGCGCGCGUGUGCUUUAACGGUGAUGGUUAGUGUGCUUGUUUGGUCUUUUAGAUUUUCGGGCUUGUGACUAUUUGAGAUUAAAUGGCAUUAACAUUGGCGAAGGUGGCAAUGAUGCUGUUGCUGGUGGUCGGUUAAUGGUUUGAUAGUGUGCGAGCUGGAUGGUGUGCGGCGAGGGAUUUGCAUUUACAUAAAAGUGAAUUUACACACACACACUAACCCACCAGCCCUCAUCCAUAAAAUAUAACAGUAUUGAGUUGGAAUUUAGAGUGUUCUAGUGACACACACACACCUACGCCUAAGAGUGAACUGACACUUAACGAAAAUGCGCUAUGUGAUGCGUAUACGCCUAAAACACUGCUAAAAUUGUGCGAGCUAACCAUAAGCCGUUUAAUAUUAGUUCGGGCUUAGAGGUGUGUAGAAGUUUACGGUGUGCGUGCGAAAUACGUCGGUGCCGGCGGAUUAAAUUUGACGGUAUAGUGCGUGGUCGGGUUAAAGCGAUAGACUAGGCAAGCAGUUGGCUGCAAUUUUUCGGUAUUUUCGCCAUUACUGAUGUUUUCUAAGUGUCAGACGGCAGUUUGUGCGCUAAAAUAUGCACAUAAAAUUCAGUAAAAAAACGAAAAAUGUAACGAAUGCUGCGAGCCGAGUGGAAGUGCUAGUGGCCAUAGUUAGAGCAAGGUCGAGCACAGGUGUGCUUUUCAAGCGAACAAAAGAAAUAGAAAAAAAAAAUUUUGAAAUAAAAAAUAAAAAGGAAAAGAAACUGAAUUGAAUAAAAGGGUAAACAUUUUCCGCCUAAGUGUGUUCAAGGGUCUACUCAGUUAAAAAGCUUCAAUAGCAACGCAAGCAAUAACAAUAAACAGGCGUAAUAGCAAAAAAAAAAAACUAAAAUGUGGAAAUGUAAAAAGUGAAAUUUAAAUUCAAAGGUGUGAAUCCAGGGUAAGGAGAAGUGGCACUUAAAAUAACACAAAGUAUUAACGAAAAAAGAAAAAAAGUCAAGGAAAAAGAAUGUGAAAAAACAAAAAAAAAAACACUAAACAAGCAAGUGUAAAAUGGCAAAUGGAAUUACGCUGUUGCAAAUGGUGUGAAAUGGCAAGCCAUACGGCGGUAAUCUGUAAAUGAGUGUGCUGUGCAUGUGUAUUAGUGAAAGUACGGCAAAAAGUGGAAUAUAUUAACGAAAGCAUAGCAGCAUUUUAGGCGAAGCGCGCGCUUCUGACCACCACAACUCUUUCCGCGCACACUUCACAGCUUCCAAAUGGACAACAAUCGUGCUGGACUAUUACUAAAUGAAAUUCUCUGAAUGCAUUAAUUGAAAGCCCAACAAAGGUAAAGAGGAGGCAGCGCACUCAACGAAUCAAAAACCGAGCUGAGUAGUAACCACUAAAAGCAAACCAAAGACAGACGGAAUACUUACAUAUGAGCAACGAUGUGUGUGUGGUUGUUGACAGUAUUCAAGGCAAAAGGUACCGCACAUAAAUCAUCGCUGCUGCUACCAUUGGUGGCGCUACUGCUGGUCGUGCUGCCGCUGCCACCAGCCGCCAAAGCCACAAGCGGCUUACGCGUGCCCACUUUCAUGCAGGAGCCGCCGCCACGUCUGCUUUUCAGCAAUGACACCGGCACACAGAUCAGCUGUAUGGCGCACGGUAAUCCGCCACCGGUGGUUUCGUGGGUGCUCAAGGACGGCACGAUGGCGACGCAAGUGCCGGGACUCAGGAAAAUUACUGGCAACGGCACAUUGUAUUUCCCACCGUUUUUGGCGCAAUACUAUCGCACAGAUGUGCACGAGGCAACGUAUCGCUGUCGAGCGGCCAACGAAGCUGGCACUGUGCUGAGCCGGAAUGUACAGGUGCAAGCUGUUGUUCGCCGGCAGUUUCACGUGCACGUGGAAAACACUGAAGUCUAUUUGGGAAAUUCAGCGUUGAUUAAGUGCGCCAUUCCGGACUAUGUGCGGCCAUAUGUUAAGGUGACCAGUUGGCAUCGCGGCGAGGAGAUAUUGCUACCUGAUUUAUCUGAUGUUGCUGGACGCUAUGUGGUGCUUUCCUCCUAUGGCGAUCUCUAUAUACGCUCUGUGCGCACCGAAGACAGCUUGGUUAAGUUCUCCUGCCUGGUUACUAAUACACUGAAUGGCGAGAAGCAGCGCAGUGAUGCUAUAAUGUUGCAGGUGAAAGAGCUAAGUAAAAACCUUGCGCCGCGCACCACCCAGAAGCCGGUCAUGGAAAUACAUGUGGAACGUGGUAAUGAUGUCCAUUUGCAAUGCAACAUCCAGGGGAAUCCUUUUCCCAUAUUUACGUGGUACCGCGUCUCGGAUUCAUCAGCAUUAUAUCCGAUUCCAUCUUCACAGCGUGUGAUAUUGUCACGCACGCUCUUGCUCAUCAAAAAUGCUGACGAACGUGAUGCUGGCAAAUGGGUCUGCCAAGCAGCGAAUCAAUUCGGCGAGCAGCGCAUAGAAAUCCGUCUGCUGGUGAAUUCGUAUGUGUCGGUGCAUAUUUUGCCGCAAGUACAAAUUGUCAAUUCGGGUGGAAUGGCAAUUUUCAAUUGUUCGACGACGGGUUCAGCGAUCGACGGCAUCGAGUGGCUGCAUAAUGGCAUGCCACUGCAGGGGAACAGUGCGCUUAGCAGCGGCCGAGAGAACAUACGCUUCCUCACGAAGACGUCGUUGGUGGUGCAAAAUGUGGGACGACGUGAUCGCGGUGUCUAUCAGUGCUUGGUGGAGAAUAGCAGAGCUAGUGCGCAGGCUAUGGCCGAAUUGAAAUUGGGCGACACUGUGCCCGAAUUGAUUUACACCUUUAUUGAGCAAAAUGUGCGGCCGGGCCCAUUAAUAUCGCUUAAGUGCUCGGCCAGUGGUUCGCCACCACCGCAAUUCACCUGGUUUUUGGACUCUCAGCCGAUAAUGGAUGUUUCGCUGCACCAUCGCUUCGCCAUCGGCCAGUUUGUCGAUAUGUCUGGCGACGUGAUCAGUCACUUGAAUAUUUCGCAUGCCCGUCCAGACGAUGGCGGCCUCUAUAAGUGCAUUGCCACCAACUCGAUGGGCAGUGUAGUGCAUUCGGCGAGGUUGAAUGUUUAUGGUCCGCCAUAUGUACGCGCCAUUGGCCCCAUAAAAGCUGUCGCCGGCGAAGACAUAAUUGUGCAUUGUCCAUUUUCCGGUUAUCCAAUCGAACAAAUUAGAUGGGAGAAAGGACGUCAGGAAUUGACAUCAAAUUCGCAUUACUCGUUGCCGCCAGUACUGCAGGGCGGCUAUCUUGUCAUCAAGAAUGUCGAACCGACCCGGGAUCAGGGCAUGUACACGUGCAUUGUGCGGAGUCGGGCUGGCGAAGAGGCUCGUCGUGAUAUGCAGUUGAAUGUGAAUAGUCCACCUGUCAUUGAGCCAUUCAAGUUUCCAAAGAAUCUCCAAGAGGGUGGACGCGCUCAAAUAACUUGUGCUGUUUCAUCUGGUGAUAUGCCAAUCUAUUUUAGCUGGAAGAAGGACGACAUAUCUAUACCAACAAGUUUACAGAUUACCGAGAAAAAGGAGGAAUUCUAUUCGCUUUUGGUCUUCAAGGAUAUCAGCGCAAAGCACAGCGGUAAAUAUACCUGCUAUGCGAGCAAUGCAGCUGCCAAGGUGAACUACACCGCCGAAUUGCAAGUGCGAGUUGCGCCACGCUGGGCGCUAGAGCCAAUGGACACGGCCAUCAUGCUUGGCAAUACAAUAUCGAUAAAUUGCGAGGCGGAAGGAUAUCCGAUUCCAACGAUUACCUGGUUCAAAGGACAGGGCAAAAUGUCGCAGGACUUUAAGCCGCUCAGCAUGCGCAACAACUCGCUGGUACUAAAUCUCGCCACAGACAUUGAUGAGGGCUACUACAUGUGUCAGGCCACAAAUGACAUUGGCGCCGGUCUGAAGAAAAUCAUACGCAUCAAUGUGAAUGAACCCGCUCGCUUUGAGCAAGCCGCCCGCAAUGUCUCAUCGCGCCGCAACGAUCCCGUUAGUCUCGAGUGUCAAGCCAAAGGUGACGAACCCAUCGCCAUCUCGUGGACGCACAACAACGGCCGCAUUGACCUGAAUAAUUUCCGUUUUAGCAUUGCGGAAAUGAAAACGGAAAAGGGUGUCGACUCCCAACUCACCAUCGCCCGUUCGGAUCGUCACGAUUCGGGCAUUUAUCGUUGCAUUGCGGAGAAUCCAUACGGACGCGCCGAACUCGUCAUUUUCCUGGCGGUACAAGAGCGCCCCGACACACCGUCCACUCUAGAGGUGUUCGAGGUGGGCUCGCGCACCGUCAAGUUGUCGUGGCGGCGCCCAUUCGACGGCAAUUCGCCAGUGCUUAGCUAUUUGGUGCAAUAUCAACCGUUGAAGUAUAUGCAAUCACAUACCGCGCUUGGCAUGUCCGGUGGCAAUUGGAGUGGUUCGAACAUUAUAAAUGUAACUCUGCCAUCGACGAGUAUUAGCCGUAGCUAUGACAGCGAUUUGCGUGAAAGUGCUAUUGUUGCUGGCUUAACGCCGGCAACCACUUUCCUGAUUCGCAUGCAAGCAAUCAACGAAAUCGAGCGCAGUCCAUUCACCGAUCCGAUUGUGCUAAAAACGCAAGAAGAGGCACCGACUGAAGCGCCCUCGAAUGUGCAAGUGCAGACUGGUGGCGAGAGCGAACUGAUUGUGACAUGGCAGAUACCGUCACGUGAAUCUUGGAACGGUGAACUUAUUGGGUAUACCGUUAACUGCAGCGAGGAAAAACAGAACAUCAACUACAUUAGCGUUGUCAAUAAUUCACUCAAGUCUGUGAUUGUAAGUGGUUGGGCGACCACAAAGGCAACUAUUCGCGGUUUGCGCAAAUAUACCAGGUACGCGGUGACGGUGCGGGCGCUUAACAGCUUCGGUUCGGGCCCAUGGAGUGCAGCCAUCUUUGGGACAACAGCUGAGGGUGUGCCUGAAGCACCACCGCAACAUGUCAACUGUACUGCAUUGUCGUCACAGAGUCUGAAGAUAUCCUGGCUGGAGCCGCCAUUGCAAUUUCAUGGUGGCAUAAUUCAGGGCUAUAAAAUUUUAUAUCGCCCAAUUGUGAAUCAAAUUGACUUCCCCGCCAAACUGGAAGUGAAGCGUACCUCUAAUCUGGAAACCUACUUGCACACUCUGCACAAGGCAACUAAUUACUCGCUACGCGUUUUGGCCUACACAGCGACUGGUGAUGGUGCAGCCAGUCAACCGUUAUAUUGUCAAACUGAGGAUGAUGUCCCUGAUGCGCCAGCAUCCAUUAAGGCGGCUGCUUUAACGGCAGAUUCGAUAUUGAUUUCAUGGUUGCCACCGAAAAAUCGCAAUGGCAUCAUUUCACAUUACACGGUUUAUUCACGUGAGGCUGGGCGUAAAGGACAAGCGAAAUCUCAUAUGGUACGCGUCGAUGAGAAUGGCUAUCCAGUGACGUAUGAGGCGCGCGGCCUUGCAGAAAACCAAAUGUACGAAUUCUGGGUUUCCGCUUCGACCUCGGUCGGCGAGGGAGAGCCGACGUCUGUGGUUGCGCAGGCCACAAAUACGCGUGCUCCUGCACGCAUCGCUUCAUUUGGCCAAUUGGUGCGCAAAGCUGUUGGUACUGGAUUGAUUUUAGAAUGUUUAGCCGUGGGGAAUCCGACACCGCGCGCCAGGUGGUUGACAAGGGAUCGACCUGUUACCUUUAGUCCCUUUUAUGAAGUUACCAAUGAGGGCAAUUUAAAAAUACACCGCGUGGAGGGCAGUCUGUCCGGAAAUUACACUUGCACAGCGAAUAAUCUGUUCGGAAGCGAUGAGAUUCAAUAUCAAGUGAUUGCCAUGAAGCCACCCGCCGCCCCACAAAUAAUCGUACAAUAUGCAUCUGCCGAUAGCAUACGUGUCAGCUGGGAUCCGCCGGACGAUGGUGGUGCCCCAUUGCAGGGCUACACCAUCUCAUAUCGCAUCACAGGCGAAACAUGGGCACAGACCGAACUAAUGCCGGAGAACAACGCUUACACGCUAACUGGCUUGAAGUGUGGCAAUCAGUAUAUCAUCAAGAUGUCGGCGCAUAAUAUUGUUGGCGACGGGGUGUCCAGUGAGGAAAUUAACGUCUGGACCAAGGGCAAAGCCUCACAGGCACCGAAUGGCAACGAGCUGAUCGCCACCAAUACAUCCUGCGUAAAUUUGAAAUUGUCAAUAUGGAACAAUGGAGGCUGCCCCAUUCAUCAUUUCUCCAUUGAACAUCGUCCGUUGGGGGACAUCCGUUGGACGGUCGUCACAUCCGACAUCUCGAAUGCCGAAGAAAAUCGUGAAAAUUUAAUAUUUUGCGAUUUCCUGCCAGCCAAGUGGUAUCAGCUGCGCGUUUCGGCCACAAACGAUGCUGGCAAAACCACCGAGCACUAUCACUUUGCCACCACCAAUCUGGAUGGAGUGACAAUACCACCGCCUCAGGUUUUCCCAUCGGAAAAUGAUUUGAUGAACAAUCUGAUAAAUGCAACGAAUCCUACCAACGGUGAUUGGUUUUCAACAUUAAUCGUCAUCGUAAUCAUCACCGUUGCCAUCAUUACCAUCGCUUUAACAAUUAAACAUCGUCGUACGCUGUGUGGUCCCAUAGCCGAGGGCUAUGAGUCGCGUACACUGCCCGGUGAAUACAAAGAAGACCACGACAAUCGACGCAAUCAGCAAGUGUACAGCGCCUCGCCAGUGAAAACUGUGGAUAAAGGAAACGAGUCAGAAAUGUAUGAGAUUUCGCCUUAUGCCACAUUUAGCGUGAAUGGCGGACGUACUGGCGCCGGUGCGGGCUCGUCCUCGAAGGCACCCUUACGAGGAGGCGUCUCCGCCUCACCAAUGGAUUAUACCAUGCAAUUCAAGACAUUCGGGCAUCCGGAGGGCGAAAAUCUCAAUGCAACAGCUUAUCCUUUGCUGCCGGCAAGCUCUGGAUUCGGGCAUGUCAAGUCGAAGUCCAGCUGGCAUAAGCAACGCUACUACAACACGGAUGAUGAAUCGACGCUCAGCAAAUCGAUGACUAUGGUGGCCGGAGCACAAUCGGGGCAUUCCAAGAAGAGCACACGCAAUGAUAGCAGCCGCGGCAGCAAGAGUACCAGCAGCAGCAGUGGUGGUGGUGGCGGUAGCGGCAGUGGAGUUGUGGGCGGGGCUGGUGGUGUGGUCGUGGCUGGGACACAUUGUGAAUCCGAGUCGGACACGAGCAUAAGUCCCAGCACUGAGUUCUCCAAUAUGCCAACGUACAGAGUUCCUUGUAAGUCGACGCGCAGCAGCGAUGAGCGCGCAGCUGCAGAUAUGUUUCGACCUGACUCGAGCACAGAGUCCAACAAUGAGCAGGGCUCACCGGUGGAGCGCCGUAUAAGCGGGCCGCGGCAGCUGGGAGGUGCGCCCGGUGGUGGUGGUGGUAACAGUGGUGCCGAUAAGCGGGGACAUCGCAGUCGAAAGCAGCAACAGCAGCAACAACUGCAAAUGCAACAACAACAGCAGCAACAAGCAAAGGAGCACCAGACGCUGGAUCGAAGAAUAUGCCCUGGAAGUAACAACAGUUUAGACAGUGAGGUUAACUCGGAUACGGGCACCUACUUGGCGGCGACCAUAGCCACUGUGGCUGCUGGCGAUCUGGGUUUUCGUCCACCGUCGGGUUUUACUGAUUCGCGCGAAUUCAGCGAGGCUGAAUGCGAUCGCGAGCAACGUGCAUUGGACUUGGAGGUGCAACGUGUUAUGGAAAACACCGACGGACAAUUGGCCAAGAUGGAUAGGGAGGAAUUGACCUCACUGCUAGCAAGGUAUCACGAGAAGAAGGAGCAGGAGCGCCAAGAAUAUACCAUUCAUGUUUAAUGUUUAUUACUUAGAAGUUAUUUGAAUUCACUGCCGAGCUAGUGAGCACCCGUACAGCAUUUUACUCAAUCGUACACUGCGAGACACUUCAACUGACUAAAAAGAAGAAAAAAAAAAUUUAAAAAAAGGGGAAACCCACACACAUCAACUCUAAUAGGCAACAAAUGCAUUUAAACCAAAAGGACUGCUAUGCUACUAAUUAAAUGUAACUAAAAUAAAUGCGCGAGUGUGGCAACACUGUAAUUGAUUUUAAUUAUGUAAGUUCUCAGUGUAUGGUAUUUAUGAUAAAUAUAUGUAUGUAAAUUAGCAAAAACACACUCAUAUGCAUGCAUGUAAGUCAGCAUGCAUAAGUGUGCGUGUACAGAUUGAAUUGGAAAUGAGAGUCACAUAUAUCGAGCAAGCGAGUAUAGGCACGGCAAAGGAAACAAACAAGCAAACAAACACAAGAACAAAAACAUACACUCACACAGAUACAGUCAAAUACGUUAGAUAAACAGACAAGAGAAUUGAAAGGAAAAAAAUUAUAAAUUUAAUUAAUUUAUACCAGUCUACUAAUUUCGAACUGAAUAUAAUUAACAUUUUAUAAAUGCAAAAUAAGUUUGUGAUAUACAUAAAUACAUUCAUAUAAGCCGAUGUGCUCGUAUAUUAUAAUAGUUGGAUGUCGAUGUGUAUGUGUUCGGAUACUUUCUGAGUACUAACGUUGCAGCAAAAACAACAAUUUAAAUUUAUGUUGAACAGAGAUAAACUAAAAUUAAAAUAAACACAGAACAUAUUGAAAAUACUUUAAAAAAGUUAGAUAACAGUGAGGGUAUAUUAAUAUAAAUCUAACUAAAACGUUACAAAUUCCAAAUAUUUGAAUUGGACUGAGAAAUAAGGAAAAUUGAAAAGUGAGUUUGCGUUGAAAUGUGAAUUCUACGUACGAGUGUUAAAAAGAAAAGUAAAUUUAAUUCAGAGUGCAUAUGUGUGUGUGUAUAUGCAUUAGAGAAGCUGCAGUAAAAAUAAAGCGAUAAAUUGUACAUGAUAUUAAACGCUUUAUUUGGCAUAGUUUUAAUAACCGAUUUACGUUAAAAAUUCACAGUCAUAUUUGAUAAAUUAUAGCUAUUUUGAAGACAAUUCUUCAAUACCCUCCGCCUCAUUAUACAUAUAUAUAUGUAUAUAUACAUUAGGGCGGGUCGAUUUAAAAAUCGCUCAUUGAUCUGUGAAAAUCGUAUUCUAGGGAUCAAAAUAAGAAACUUUGCCGAAGGAACCAUACCUCUAAAACGAAUUCUGAUGUCCCCCAAUUUGGGUCGAACUUUUAGUGUCUUUUGUGGGGAGGCAAAAAAAUCGCCCAUUGCUCUGUGAAAAUCAUAUUCUAGGGAUCAAAAUAAGAAACUUUGCCAAAGGAACCAUACCUCUAAAACGAAUUCUGAUGUCCCCCAAUUUGGGUCGAACGAAAAAUCCCACUUUGACCCAUUUAGAGUGCUCCAAAGUUUUCAUAGAGCAAUGGGCGAUUUUUUUGCCUCCCCACAAGUCGACCCGGCCUAAUAUACAUACAUACGAUAUGUGGACAUAAUUGGCGCAUAUACCCUUGCUGGGUAUUUGGCCAAGCUCCUCCUCCUAUUUGUGGCGUGCGUCUUGAUGUUGUUCCCCAAAUGGAGGGGACCAACAGUUUCAAGCCGACUCCAAACGGCAGAUAUUUUUAUGAGGAGCUUUUUCAUGGCAGAAAUACACUCGGAGGUUCGCCAUUGCCUGCCGAGGGGCGACCACUAUUAGAAAAAACUUUUUUUUCAUUUUGGUGUUUCUCAGAGAUUCGAACCUACGUACGAAGUUAAAGGUGGAGGAGUUAUAGAAGGCCAAAAUGCAAAUUUUACGUACUUUUUAAAAAGGUUAGUAUCUCAAAAGUAACUCAUCCUCAUACAAAAGUAUAGGCUAGGUUAGGUUAGGUUGAAAUGAUUGCCCAUAAAGAGAACACACAUGAACCCAAAAAAAAUGUCCUUUAUAAUACCAUUACAAGAGAAAUAAUGAGAUGGAGGAGGCUCUCCUUGGAUAAGCAUUUGUUGAUCACGACCGAUCGCUGACUGACUUACGGUGGUUUUAGUCGCUUCGCUCUACUUAGGAAUUUCAUCGGGUGCAAGAUGGCAUACAAUUAAUCAUCCAUUUAAUUUUUCAAUAACUGUUUUACUAAAUAUCAAAAAUAGUGGUGGAAAUCCUUAGUUUGACUUCCCCAUGGCUUGUCUGUUUGUAUACUACAGCUGUCUAGUUCACAAACGUCAAAUAUUAUUGACGUGCGGCGCCAUUUGCAUAAAUUAUAAAUCUUCUGAUUGAGUGUUUAACUUUGCGCCACCCUGUACAUAAUUGAAAAGGUAAACAAUACCUCUAUUUCGAUGAAAAUUAUUAUGUUUAUUUAUUAUUAUUAUUAUUAUUUAUAUUUUAAAUAUAAAUAUUUAAAAUGAUAGAUUAAUCGAAUAUAAACUCACUGGCUUCCGGAGCAAUCGGUAUCGAUGAAAAUAUUUCUUGAGUUUUUUUGUAAGCUUUUCAGAAAAUAAAUUGCUUAUGGAAAAAUACGAAGAAGUUACAUAAAUUGAUUUUUUGUAUGAAAAAUC